CGUAUCUCAUCUCUCAGUAUAACGGGAAGCAGAGCGCCCUGGAGCAUAUUACGACGGCGCAUUUUCUAUUGUAUGACUUUCCAUGGACUAAACUCCUUCUUUUUUUCCUUUCCUCUCACAUUCGUGAUACCGUUGGGUUCUUCUAAAAGCUGUCGGAUAACGAAAAGAAGGACGAGCUUGUUUAAGGAGACGCGAACUAAAGUAGUAGCUUAGCCAGGCUUGCUAAUUAGCCGAGUGAACAUGCUAACGCUAAUGAAGCCCUGACAUGUCAGUUUUGUUUUAACACCACAGGUUACAGUCAUGGAUUUUAAACAUUUCCGGAAAGAUUUUUAGCAACCGGAAACUUAAGUGUUCGGUAAAAAAAUGUUAGUAUUGUAGACUGGCUGUAUAGAAAACUAAUAAAUGUUUGUUAUACAGGAGGUCAGGUAGGUAAAUUCGUUUUAAAAACAAACAAACAACUCUUCAAGCACUGGAUUUUCUUUUUCUCGAUUGCACAACAACUCAAACGAGGUGUAUAUAGAUGUAGAUUUGUGUAUAUGGAUUAUAUAAUAGUUAAUAGUUUGUAAUUGACGCUAUACGACACAAGCUAAAGAGACUCUGAGUUUAUUUGCCUUUUUGUUUGUUUGUUUGUUUGUUUGUUUAAAGAUGCCGGAUCCGAAUGUGAAUUUUAAUUUGCUCCAGAAGACUUGCACUCUCGUUGUGCUCCUUUGCUGUCUGCACAUUUUUGUCACUGUAUUUUAUUAUGUCAGAUCGCUGGAUUUUAGACAGUCAUUUGUCCAAAACCAGAAUCAAACGUACCAAAACCACGGGAAACUGGAAAAGCAUGCAGCACUCACAGAAGAACUCAAAUCAAGCAGCACUUUAACUUCCAAAAAAAACACUGUUACAGAAACCCAGCUGGAAAAAUGCCCUGAUCCGUCUCCUUUGCUCGUGGGUCCGCUCAGAGUUGAGUUUAACUUUCCAGUGAACCUCGAUGAGGUGAGGAAUAUGAACUCGGCGUUACAAGAGGGAGGACGCUUCAAACCCAAAGAUUGCAUAGCCCUGCAGAAAGUGGCCCUCAUCAUCCCCUUUCGACAUCGAGACGAGCACCUGAAGUACUGGCUUUAUUACAUGCACCCGAUCCUGCAGCGGCAGCAGCUCGACUAUGGGGUCUAUGUCAUUAACCAAGAUGGAGAAGAGACGUUUAACCGGGCCAAACUGCUCAAUAUAGGCUACGUCGAGGCCCUGAAGGAGUACGACUACGAUUGCUUCGUAUUCAGUGACGUCGACCUCAUCCCCAUGGACGACCGAAACACGUACAAAUGUUUCAGCCAACCAAGACACCUGUCUGUUUCCAUGGACAAAUUUGGCUUCAGGCUUCCGUAUAACCAGUACUUUGGGGGGGUGUCCUCAUUGAGCAAGGAACAGUAUCUGAAGAUCAACGGAUUUCCAAAUAACUACUGGGGCUGGGGAGGCGAGGACGAUGACAUCUUCAACAGGGUGAGCUCCAAAGGGAUGGUCAUAUCCAGACCCAGCGGUGUCAUUGGAAAAUGCAGGAUGAUCCGUCACGACCGGGACAAGCAGAACGACCCGAAUCCCCAAAGGUUUGACCGAAUAUCACACACCAGAGAGACCAUGAACUCAGAUGGCAUCAACUCAUUGUCCUACAAAGUGGUGAAAGUGGAGAAGGACAAGCUGUAUACCAAAAUCACAGUGGACGUCGGCAAACCAUAGAACGCACAUCAUUUACCAGGACAAACUCCUAAAAGGUUUUAAAACUGUCUAUCAGGAAGACCGGAUGCAAUAACCAAAUGUGCCUUGACAAUUUAAGUCGAAUAUACGUUUAAAUUUUUUUUAAAAUAAUCUUUAACUUUUCAAGGAGAAUUCUCUAUUUUUAAAAGACAUUAGUACUCAGAAAUUUAUUUGCCAUCUUUGCACAAGCGAAGGUGAAAAGAAAGGAAGUGGACGUGUGAAUUAAGGUCAUAUAGGAGAUUUGAAGGUUGGUGGUGUGUGUGUUUUUGUGUUUCUGGGUUUUUUUCCCCUACUCUAAAAUGCUCUCACUGAGCUACUAGAGCAUCUCUUGAGCCACAACUUGCCAAGCAAGGCAUUGUGUAAAGAAUGUAAGCUGCAGUGUGUGUUUGUGACCUCUUUUCUAGCUUUGCCUUAAGAUCACCUCUUUGUAUGUUGAAGAUUUAGAGAGGAGUCUGUGCCGGACUUGCUAUCAUUCCAAGUCAUGCAAAGAGUUUAAGCCUUCUUAAAAUCCUCAUUCCACUUUUUGUGACCUGAUACCAAAAAAAGAAAGACUGAACUGAAUGUAUGCUUGGUGCUUUACCCUUUUACUGUAAAGGAAUUGAACUCUCUGAAGUAGAGGUGGUUAUUUUAAGAAAUAUUCAAAAUAAUAUCUUGAUACUUUUUGAAAUGUACAUUAAAAAAUUAAAUUUUUCACUCUGAAAAUUUCCAUUUGUGUUUACAAAAAAGCCAUUUAAUAUGGAACAGGAGAAACGACAUUACAAGUCAUGAAUGAGAUUUACACUUUAGUAGUAAGUAUGACAAUCCAGAGUACAAGCAAUGUCAGAGGUGCCAGUAUGCAUGACUUCUUUAUCAGGUUCUUGACACCUUACUAUGGUGAUAUGGGAGACACAUUAAAACUAGCCGUUUCUGGUUUCUCAGCUAUAGCGAUGUUAAUUCAUUGUAAGGGAAAAGCUUGUAAGCAGUUGGGAAAAAAUGUGUUUCUUGUAGUGGGCACUUUUUCUAGGUGGGUAAAAGAAAAAAAUUCUUAGUUCAUCUACUGGUUAUAAUAUUAACUAGAUUUGUAAAGUUCGUUGUGACAAACCACUUAUUAGAUAGGUAAGAGAACUGCAUACUUCCCGAGAUUUUUUUUUAUUAGUGAUCUUUGAUACCCAUAAAUGACAAGAUAAAAACAGAUAAUGAUAUCCUGUUCGUUGCAGCAAAAAAGAUCCUACUCUCAAGUUGUGAUAAUCUCUGUGAUAAGAUAAAAAGCAUAUUAUAAUUUAUUACACAGCUAAACAGGAGUUUACUUUCGGAAAACCCUGUAGCUGGUUGUGUUUUUGCAUUUUCUAAAUUUUUUUUUUUCUUUCCGUGAGCCACAUGUGAGAAAUAAUUAAUAUAUUAUAAUGCCUUUUGUUGUUUUUGAUGAUAACUGCAUCAUCACUGGGUUCAUGGAAAAACAUGUCUACCUUUUGGUUUGUGCUUAAUUUGUGUUGAAGCCAUUUUUCAGGGUUUAAAAUGUUCAAUGCCUGAUUUUUUUUUUUCCUUUUUUCUUCCUUGUAUGGUGAAAUGUUCUAUGGGCCAGCAGGCUAUAAGAAAGCAGUAACACAUUUAUUUGCUGUGAUCUGAGAGGAAAACAAAGCCAUUAAAAUAUCACAAGUAGCUUAAGAUCUGUUAUCUGCUGGUGUCAUCAUUAAGAAUUCCGGCCCUAGUGUCAGUUCAUUUUCUUCUUGAAACCCAAAACUAGCAGUGUCCUGGGGAUCGGGCCUGAUUUCUCCUCAAUCCCAAAUUCUCUAUAGAUUGGAAUGAUUAGCAUAUCUGUUUGUAUUUCUUCUAUAUAGAUAGUAAAAAGCUGAAUCACAAAUUGUGUUUCAUUGGAUGAGCAGAAAUGUCAAUCUAACCUGAUGCUUUUCUAUACCGAGCACUUGAGUGGCUUUUCCAGCUGUUUUUCCAGCUGAGUACAUAAGAAUGUGUCUUGCACUCAGUGGUAGGACUUCUGUAUAUUUUCCCCUCCCAACUUCCCCCAUUCCAGAACUCCCCAAACCCCAACGACUUCAUCAGCGUUUUCUCUAAAGGUUCUCUCAUGCCUCCUAAACUUUUUUCUCCUCAAAUAAUCAGGCAUUAAUCCACAUUUUCUAUCUAUUUGGACAAUGGCAUGUAAUCCAAAAGCCAGCGUAUAGUUUCGGGGUGUUGUGUGUUUUUUUUUUUUUUUUUUUUUGGUUGGUUGGUUUUUUUUUAAAUCCAUUUUACAAAAACUGUCUUGCUAAAUACUCUGUUUUGUUUAUUAUGCUUUAUUUUGACAUACCAAGAUGCAACAGUUUCUCUUGAUUUCUGAAUGUUCUGUCUUUUAUAUCAUAUUGCUGAAGAUGAUUGCAGUUGAUCUUAAAGAAUUAAAUGAAUCUCUGACUUAAGGUA